UUGAGUCUGACUUUAUUUGCACUACAUUUGGUAUUGUGUGUGUUCAAUAAACCAAUUGUAUUUUUAUGUUGUAGUAAUAUGUGAGGAAAACUACAGCAAUGCUUUUCAAAGUACAGUACCAAGGAAAGAAGAAGUACAUCAAACUCAAUGGAGCAUCAUAUCCAGCAUUUCUCAGGGAGGCUAAAGAGAAGUUCAGCAUACCCCCUGAGACAAACAUGUAUGUGCUGGAUGACAGUGGAACAGAGGUUGAUGAAGAGGUCUUCAGCGACAUCUUGGAGGAAAAAGCAGACAUCCUGUGGACCAUUGUUAAUGUUCUUUCAGUUUCUGACUCUCCCAUCCAGUCCUCGUGCACAGACACCUUGUCACUAUCAUCACCCUCAUCGGACAGUGAUGCUUCUCUGAUGUCCCCAAAAAGACAGCGCAUUGAUGACGCCUUUGUGAUGUCCCCAAAAAGUCUACAUACUGAUGACAGUUCUUCACAAGCCAAAGAGCUUGUCAAAAGAAUUCUGGAACAAAAGCCUGGAGGGGAGAAAAUCCUUGCAAAAUAUGCAAUGACAGGAGAGAUGAAGGACCGAGCACGCCGUGAUCUUGUCAGCAUUGUUGUUGCUGAAAUGUUUGAAAAGUAUGGACGUGCUCCCCCUAUGGAUAAAAGAGCACAGUAUGCAUUGGGGAUAGUAACACUGUUCCCCUCUCUAAAAGAUCCCUACUCCAAAAAAGGCUAUGAACACUUUUUUGACAUAGACAGCAAUGAGGGCUACAUUGCCUGGAAGAUUAAAAACACACAGCGAGAACUCAGCAAUGGCGGUACCAAUGGGAGUAGGAGAAGGAGCUCUCAAACUACAGGCAGCAGCGGACCAAACUUAGAGAGAGAAGUGACUAAAGUGCAGCAGUUGGAGGGAGACCAGUGUCGUGAGGCCAUAUCUCUACUGAAACACAGCACAGACAACGAACAGAUCUUCAUGAAAAUGAGAGAAACCUUCCAGCACAGGCAAAAGUUGAUCCAUGAUCCUGAGCAGUGCAGCACAGUGCUUACUGUGUUCCCAAGGUUUCUUGACACAAAAGGCCUGGUGGCGCAAGACUUUGACCUGUUGUUUGGAGCUGAGACGUCAUCAAAACUCCUUGAGAAAUGGGAUUUCCUGAAGGCCAAAGUAAUAGAGCAAGCCAAGGACAUCAGCAAGACACCCCUGCUUGACCAUCUCAUCCAGUCUGCAGAGGAGAACACUGAUGAGGAUGACGAGGUCCCAGGUUGGGAUAGUGACAUGGCCUCACUGCUACUGCUGGUCUACCUACUGCCACCACCUCCAAGUGGAAAGAAGGGAGCUGUAAAGAUCAGUACCCGGGAAGCUGUGGACCAUGUAGUCAAAUUUCAUAAGUCAUGUCGCAGCCUUCAGGAGCACUCUGGUCCAAACCAGCGGAGGCAGCCCUACAUCCUGGCAGUUGGGACGACAAGAAAGCACAUCUACGAGUUCUACAUUGCAUUGGAUGGUGAUCUCCUUCCCUGCAAGGGCAAGUCUUCCCUGUCAGCCUUUGAUGAACUUUUCAAAGCACAUUAUGUUUUCGGCAUCUCCUAUGACCAGGCCUUAAAUGGCAUGUACACAUUUGUGCAGACCACCAUCUACAACAUUGAUGUUGGUCAUUCUCACGAAACUCCCAGAGUCAAGGACCUAAGAGCUAAGCUCCUCAACUAAAAAGUUAUGAUGUUCAGAUGCUUUGUUUGCAAGUCUAGUUUUGUUACCGUUCAAAUGUUGAUCCGUCAUCUCAAAGUUUUCCAUGCCUUUUAUCCUGGUAAGAAGUUUCAGUUAAUGUGUGACCAGGCUGGAUGCCACCAGAGAUUUUGGACUUUUUCAGGCUUUAGAAAACAUCUCCAUAACAAACAUCGCGCUAAAAAUCUAGAUCAAUUUGAGAACGAACCUGUCAUAGUUGAGAACAAUCCCGUCAUAGUUGAGAACGAACCCAUCAUAGUUGACGUAGCUGAUGAUGUUAAUUUAAUUCCAGAGCAACCAGAGAAUUCUCAAAGCUGUAAUGAGACCAGGCAACAUACCCAAGAAAUGUGUGCAUCCCUUAUUGCAAAUCUCCAAAGCUGUGGUGUGGCUACUAAUGUCAUAACGACUGUUGUUGAAAAUAUGGAGGAACUUGUAGAGGAAUUACAUUCAAAUGUUAAAGAUGAUGUUGUAAAAUUACUCUCUAAUG